GGCCGAUGAGUUGUUGUGAUCAACCUUUUUUUUUCAGACUCAACUUACAUUUGAGAUUACCCCUUCGCGUAUAUUUACACCAGAACAACCACCCCUCGAACCUUCCUAUUUGACUUAUACUCAGAGAGUUGCUCUUUCUCUCCAUCCUAUUGUGAUAUCAAAAUUGAUUUUUUUCAGUUGAUCUUCUUCUCCUUCACAACUCUACAUUGGCAAACCCUUCUUGGUCCAUUGGAAUGAUUUUGUAUCUACAUUUUUGCUCCACUUGCUCCCUUCGCUUUUGCUCCUUUUUGAUUCAAUUUUGAUUCAAUUUUACUCCUUUUUUGAAGAAUAUUAUGGAAACUUCUAUCCAGGAAGAUACAGCUCUUGACAGAUCAAUCAAAUCCGCUCCCGCUAUCAACAAAUUUGGUACCUUGGCCAAGAAAAAUACCCUUCUUCGUGGAUCUAAAAAUAUAGGUACCUCGGAGUGUAUCAAAGACAAAUUUGGUGAGGAAGUUCCAGCUCUUGGUCAGAAGUGGUGGUCAAAUAGUACAGCCGAUUCACCCGUCAAAGGCCUCCGCGAAGCAAGAUAUUGCCCUGAAAAUUGCAUCACCUUUGACACCAAAUACACUAUCAACUACUACAACGAAGAAGGUAUACCAAUUGAAAGCCCUAUCGAAGACCCUGUCGAAGAACCUAUUCCAGCAAAGAAGUUAAUGUGGAACAGAGAGAGAGCUUCUGGGCCCUCUGAUACUGUUCAUUCCGACGACGGUCUAGCGGUCAAUUUCCAAGAGCUUAUCAAAAUGGAAACAGACACCCCAAACCAUCCAAGACAUUCCGCCACUAAUGAUCGCUUUGAUGAGAAUUCUGAAGCUAAUACCGCGCCUAUCAUAAAUCAAUUUGCAGGCGAACUUACUGCAAUGCAAGUCAUCAACCACCAAGAGAAGCCUGCUACCGGUGGCAGCUUUGAUAUCAAUCCCCGAAUCAGCCACUCAGCCGUCGAAAAUGAACGUGCGGAAGAAUCCUUCACUGCAAUAUCAGUCUCUGCCGACCGAGAGAUAUCUGCGAUAGACAACAGUCUCGGAAAUAAAAUCUCUAAUACUAUGCGAAACUUGGCUGCUAAAGGACUACAGGUGGUCAAUGAUUUAGAUGAGAAAGCUGCUGCUCGCGCUCAAUUUUUUUUCGAUGGCACAGAAGAUCAAUAUACGGAUGAUCACGUUGCAGCAAUGACUGCCACCAGGCGCCAUGACAAGUCUUCGACGAAUAGCAGUCUUGGAAGCAGAGUCUCUAGCACUAUGCGCAACCUGGCUGAAGUUGGAUUACAAGUCAUUCAUGAUCUAGAUGAGAAAGCCGCUCGUCACGCUAGAUUCUCCUUAGACAGCCCAACUCCAAUGGAACAAGAGCCGGUAGUCACAAGCCAAACAAAUCCCUUCGAGAAAUUUCUACAUACCAUCAAGCGACGAAGUGGACAUAGGAAGACAACCAGCUGUGACAUGCCUAGAAACAGAAUUGAAGGAGGCUUGUUUGAAUCACCCAUCACCUCACAGAGACCCGGCCACAGGAAAUCCCUGUCGGGCAGUUCCUAUGGGUUUGUGAAUAACAUGAAGAGUGUCGGAACCAGUCUUGCAAGCUUCAGUAUUGUACCACGUUCAAGAACUGGCAUGUCUUCUCGCCAUCAGCGAACUGACUACAGCAGUAGAGCAUCAUAUGCUGGAAGAGCUUCUGAAGACAACGGAAACUGCUUGUCACGGGCAUUUAUCCUCGAUAAGGACGUGAUUAAGCGCAUGGAACAACGUCAAGGUGUUAUUGAGGAGAUUAUAUCCACCGAGAAGGCAUACCUUGAUGAUAUUCAAGCUCUCAUACGUGUUUUCGACGGUCUCCUAAUUGCGAUCCCUAUUCUCUCUCAAAGCUUACGCAAGUCCAUUGUUCUUACUCUCAAGGAUAUUUGGAAUCACAAUAAUGAGCUCUAUAAUGAACUCGUUACAGUUGUGGCUAAUACAAACAAGUCUUCUGGGGUAGGAGUGGUCAAUCCACCAAACCAUCCGCCAGUCAAGGGACACAAGAGAUGGCAAAGUCUAGGGGAAGCACCUGCUUCGGAUCCUACCGAAAGCCGUGGUCGACACAUUGGUGAUCCUAAAGUUGCGGGAGAGAUUGCAAAGGUCUUUUGUGGAAAGAUCCCGGGAUUGUUCUUGUAUGAGUCUUUUGGAAUCAUGCAUAGCGAGGUUAUGAAGCAAAUCCAUACAUCAUACAGAACUACAGAUGAAUGGAAAGAUUUCAACCAGGCAAUUCGAUCAACUGAGGAAAUGAUCAUCUCUACUGAUAAUCGAGAAAAUGGCUCCCGCAAAGGAAGACACUUCGACGAUUACUUCAUCAAGCCCAUUCAUCGCAUUGCUAGAUACGAAGUUUUGUUUGGUCGUCUCCUAGAACAAAGCCCAGUCUGUGAUUGCCCAGAAUCUUCAACCACCGUUGAGACUGCGCUUUUUAGAAUCAAGGAAGUUCACAAGACAAUGAAUUCUGCUGCAGGAAAUCAUCAAAAGGCAACUGCAAUGUCAAGAACAUGGCUAUUGCAGGAUCGUCUGCUUUUUACAAGCCAGCCGGAAAGCAGAUCUCGUGAUAAGGUCCGUAUGCUUGAGCAGAACCAUUUGUGUGGUGUGCUUCAUGCUUGUUGGCAAACAAAAGACACUGUUGCAGGUCGUAAUAUCACCGGACAAUACCUCAUAGCUCUCUUGUAUGAAAAGUUCUUCGUUCUUGCUCAGCCUUCUGGAACGCAAGACGAGGUUUACGUCAUUCAGGCUUGUAUUCCGAUCAGUGAGCUCACUGUGGAGGAUGUUGAUAAUGGAAAAGGCUUACAGUGUCACACGGCACCCCAUUCCUGGAAGAUUGUGUUCGAGCACAUCUCUCAACUCUUCGAAAUUAUAGUGAGCGCAUGCUCAGCAAAGGAAGAGUUGGAGUGGAAGAGCCGUUUGAUUGAUCGCUCUAGCAAGCCAUGCAAUAGCACUGUUCAGCAAGAAAUGACUGCAUCAUUGUCAUUUGAUAUCAAGCCAAUGGGAACAGUCUAUGGAAAGCCAGGUACUGUUGCUCGACGCAACUCUAUCCAUAGAGCAACAACAAUGAAAGGUCAAACAACCAUUCCUCGUAGCGUGAUUGUUAGGAACACGAGUGCUACAGUCGAACCUUCUCUUUCAAGCUCCGCUUCCCAGCUCUCGAUCAACAGAUCUCAAUCCCUGGCCGGUCCACAUCGCCCGACAGUCCUUGCUCCUCCCCGCACAGAGCGUGUCCGUCUUGAAACCCUUCUCGCCGAUGUCUGGACCCGUGAUAUCAUCCCUUACCCUGGCAUGGGCUCCAGAGCACACAGAGAGCACACGGUCAGAGCAUCUGCAAGCUCUAUGAUGCGCAAAAUCAGCCACGCAAGCAUCUACAGCAUCACAAAGCGUUCGGGUAGUAUUGCCAGUCUUCACAAGAGCGCAGAAGAUCACACUGCCACCGAGCUAGAUAGUCUCAGACCCAUGGUUGUCAAUCGUCAAGCUCGUCACAGCUCUAGCGAAAGUGUGCCAUUGCCCGAAGACGAACACUCCUUGUGUCAGGAUGCAAGCGGCGGAAGACAUGGCUCACGUCUUGCUGUGAUUAUCGAUGAGAAGGAGGGCAGUGCUGGUACGGGUGCUGCUCGUUCUACAGCUGCCAGUCCAAUCGUGGCUCGUCUUGCAAGUUUCAGAAGCAAGAAGAGCUCAGGCUCAUUGGAUGAUUCGUUGAACUCUAAGCGUUCUACUGGUUCCAAAUCCCCAUCGGGAAAGAGCUCAUUGGCAUUACCAAUUGUUACUGCUGCUCAUGGAGAGGAAGUCAGAAAGGAGAAUGUAUUACAUUCGUCAAUGACUGUUGAUGGUAGUAGUGGUGGAGAAGAAGUAGCUGGGGAAUUAUUGCAGGCACACCAGCGAAAAGGUAGAAACAGAACCAUGCUAAUGGAGGGAUUCAAGAAUCUUUUCCGUUAGAUUCAGAGAUAACAUACUGGCUUGUAUUAAAAACUUCAUAGGUAGCAUUUGUUUAAAGGGAAUAUUAAGGAUUAUUUGAUACUGUUCGGCUUUGAUGGUGUGACUGUGAAGAAGCAUUAUGAAUAAUAGGCA